AACAAGGACAAAAUGAUACUUGUGUCGACUUGUGUCACUAAAUGGAAAGCAUGUAGGAGUCGAAAUUGGCUAACUUUAACGAUUAAUAACUAAUUAAUAACUCGAUUCGCGGGGCAGAGCGACGCUUUUUUCUGUCAAAUUCUUUCGUUUUAUUAUACGCGUCGAAUGAGCCUAAAUUCAUCAAGAUCGGAGCAGAGGCCGCUAAACUGAAUAAUUACUAUACAAAUUAGGCUCAUAUUCUGUUUCCUUUGAAUUUCCUUUUAUCGAUAAGUGUCUCUAAUAAAAAUGGUCUUUAAAAUGGUCUCUAAAAACAGCCAAUUAAAAAGCUUAUGAGCCAUUUUUUUAUUAAAGAGUGACGUGAGACGUGGUUCGAAAAUAGAAGAUAUGUCGUGCAAAUUAGAACUCGUAAAGAAGGUGUUGGAAAGGGUGACGAGCAAAGGUUUUGCUCGAUGUUUGAAAGAUUUACAAGUGCUGUCAGCAGACGAUGGGAAAUGUAAAGCGCAAUUUAUUGUGACUGAAGAGCAUGUAAAUCUCGGUGGCUUUUUACAUGGUGGUUUUACUAGUACUCUUAUAGAUUGUGUAUCUACAUAUGCACUAAUAACGAAAGAAAAUUCUCCUCCUGGUUCAUCUGUAAAUUUGAAUGUGACGUUUUUGAAAGCUGCAUUUCCUGGUGAAAUAGUGAUAGUUGAUGCUAGAACUCUACGUGUCGGAAAGAAUCUUGCUUUCUUGGCAGUAGAACUUACAAAAAAUGAUGGUAAAGAUAUUAUUGCUCAUGGAGAACACACAAAGUAUCUUGGACCGAUUAGUAAAUAAGUUACAUAGAUUAAUAGUUUGAAACAUGUAUUGAUAUGUAUAUAAUAAAGAAUAUAUUAUAAAUAUAGUGUAUAAAU